ACUUGACUUCCACCUUACUUACCGCAAACCGUUUCAUCCCAAAUGAUACAGGGUAUUAUAAGCAUAUAACCUCAUGGAAGCCGCAGCAAGCCCUUUGAAAGCAUUAUCUCCUGUACAAGAGAGAAAACUAAGAGACUUCCUUGAGGAUCGCUUCCUUGAGCUCACACGCAACUUCAAAAAGCGGUGCGUACCAGCAGUGCUCUGCAUAUUCCGAUUCCGCUCAACUCGUCCCAGUUCGGAACCAACAAGUACAACAGUUGCAACACUCGCAGACUAUCUGCGCGAAUCUCACACCCUGUUUUCGCUCACCCUCCAGAUCCCGCCCACGCCGCCAUCUGCUUCCCUGCGGACGACCUUCCUCCUGCGCCUCACAGGCGACAUCAUGGGUGCCAUCCCGGGGUAUCGCCCCACGCCGGACGUGCUCCCGCAGCUGCUCGACUGGCUGAACGACCUCGACCGUGGCUGGCUCGCGGUGCUGCGUGGGCAGGCCUGGGACGCAGACGCGCGUGUGGGCACCGACGUACCACACGCGCUCCAGCCGCCAGACGGCGAUGCGCCUGCGUCGACCACCGUGCUCGGCUCGCCCCUCAGCCAGACGGAGCGCACGCGCCUCCGGAGCCUGCUCAUCGGGGGCACGGCGCAGCUCGAGGAGUGGCUUGUCAACCUCGACGCGGCGCGAUCAGAUGCGGACUACACCAUGGUGCUCGAGACGAUGGGCCUCCAGCAGGGCUUCGACGAUCUAUUCUCCGGCACGCUGACAGAGAUGGGGUCGUUUGACGGCGCGGUGAACGUCCCGGAGGGAAUGGAAGGGACGUGCUAAAGAAUGUAGAGUAUACAGAAACGGUACUUUUCGCCAUUCGUGAAAGCUCCUUGUCGCGCACAAACUUCAAGCAUAUCACUAGUAUACUUGGUGGGUCGCACUGUGGGCCUGCCAGAGGUCGUUGCACUGCAUCAAUCAGUAGAAAGGUCAGUAUAUGCGCUAUUGUUAUCAUCGAGUA